CCGAAAACAGAUGCCUGGGCAUCUCGAUCUCCAUUCAACGUAAACCGAGCUUCUCCUAUGGAGCCGUCGCCUCUCACGCAACAGCCCCGGCCAGAGGCGUUCAAGCCCAAAGUUGUUGGGCUCUACGAGACAUUAUUCAAGGACGACACAGAGGAGGCCGAGAGAUCAGAGGGGUUCUGGAAAGAGUUCUUCCUGCUCAAGCCUGACCGGCCGUCGCUUCGACGGAUACUCGACGAGAUAGGGCCCAACGAGCUGCUACACCUUCAGCUCCAGACCCGACAGUUGUUUGCGCAGGCAGUGGCGACUCUAAGACGUCCUUAUGGCAUCUCCGACUUGCACGCCCUAGAUACACUGAGCACCUUUAUGGUUGCAGUUCUCGCCAAAAAGUACACCAACCCAAGCUCCGAUAUCAUCGAAGUGCUGGCUGGCCUGGACCACAUCGAUACAGUCUUUGCCGAAUUCGUCAGCGCGCUGGAGUCGCUGAUUCGAAAUGGGAGAAGCAACGCGCUUGAAUGCUGCCCCAAUGGCAUUGGUCAUUCCGGCCAGGAGGAGACGCAGGCAGUAGGGAGCAGAGCAGGCUGUACGUACACGGCGGACCUGCAGCAAAGGGCAGUCAAGGUUGCCCUUGCUGUUACAUCCGGGGCAUACCAGACCAGCUUGCUCACCUACUUUAUCCAGAGAGAUUUGUUCCCGGCGAUAAUCAACUGCAUGCAAUCACAAAUCCUCUCUACAGCACCGAGUAUAAACCUGCCAUUCAUACUCUUAGGUCUCCUAGCCAACUACAACAAAUUCGAGUUUCAGAACCCAUAUCAAAUGCGGCUCAAUGACUUUGUGAACGAGCGAGUCAUCAGGGGCAUCGUCGGAAACGUCGGACAAUCAUGUCAGAGGUUGAGAAGCCAGUACAUUGACGUGCAGGAAGAUCUCCCGGAAGGAUGGACUCUAGCGAACACAUUGAGCAAGAUCGGGCUUGGAGCCAUCGCCCCGGGAGGCAGGCCCCCUCCAAAACCGGUCUACGACGCUGAGACGGCGAAGAAGAUGUUUGCAGAGCUGCCAGGGCAAGAAGCAGCAGUACUCCUCGCCACUUACGACUUCACCCACGCCAACAAGCUGUUCAGCCUCGAGCUUGUAACCUUCCAACCCGACACGGGCGAAGAGCAGCCCUUUGCCAGCUUCAUCUCCCUCACCUCUUACCUCCUCCAACACGCCCACCUCUCCCAGCGCACCACGCUCUACUGCCACCUCAACCUGAUGGUCUUCCGCCUCCUCAUCGAAGACCCUAUCCUCUGCAAGCGCGUAUGCAGCGAAGAAAGCAAGGUCCCCGUGCGCCUCUGCCGCCAGCGCUCGCCUUACCUGCCCCUCGUGCGGGGCGAGCGCAUCCUUGCCACGGCCAUCAUGGACACCAUGGUCGACGCUCUGAACCACAACCUGCGGCGGCGGCUCGACGUUGGACUCUACACGCUCUGCGUGGGCAUCCUCCUGCGCGUCACCAGCUACAUGUCGCGCUCGCGCACCCGCCUGCAGUACCACUGGGCAGACUUGUUCCGGUCGCUGCUCUCGCUCGUGCGCUUCCUGACCACGUACGCGGCUGACUUUAAGGGUUUGUCGCACAUCUAUACCCUGCUGGAUCAUGUCGUCAAUCUCAUUGCGCUGGGCCUGUCGGCGGGCGAAACGUUCUUGCCCACGCCGGCGGCGUAUGAUGAUUUGUUUUACAAGGUUGUUGAGUCGGGCGAGGUGCUGGUCAAGUUUAGGACUACGUACGGGCUGGCGAAUCGGCCGAGUAACUCGAUUGAUACGCUGGUUAAUGUCAGCACGCACUACAAGGAGAUGCUGGCUGAUGGAGGCGGCGGGGGGAAUGUCAAGGCUGGCGGCAAAUCGAGGAAGCCGGGCUCGCAGUUGACGAGUUUGCAGGUUGCGGAGGUGAUUAAGCAGGGGUAUGAGACGCUCAGUAUCCAGGCUAAGGAAGGGUUGGAUAGUUGGGAGAAGUAUCGUGAGGCGGAUGAGAGGACGUUAUUGAAGAAGAUGGCUAGGGCGGCGGUGGCGGAUGUGAAGGGGUUGGUUGCGCAAUGAUUCGAAGUGAAGUGUGAGAGGGACAUAAGGGUUGUGGUUAGACUGUCUUCCUCUUCUCAGUGUCUUUAUUACAAGCACUACCGGUUGUAUGGGUCACCGCGUUGAGAGGCAAAGGGCUGGUUUCAGUUUCUGGCGAAGAUGUGUUGAGGCCCUGUUUGUUUGCAACGGGUGACGUCAAAUGGAGAGCCUGAAAAUGCCAAUGCAAGGGGACAUACCUAUCCGAACCAAUUCUGUAGGGCACAAUCCACGUUUCUGGACUGUUGGUUUCAGGGGUAACGUACUUGAUAAGCGAGCGAGACAUAUAAGCGAGCGAGACACUCUCCACCACUCCAUAACAACGAUCCUGAAUUGCAAUACAACAAG